AUGGACCCGUCGUGCCCUCCGCAAGGCAAUUCCCCAGCAUGCGCAGGGCAGGUAAUAGCAGAGCCUAAUAGGACGCGCCUUCGCGCCAUUCUACCGCGCCCAGGAGCGGGCGGCUGCAGCAAGAAGCGGCCCAUUCCCGAUGGCGGGCUGGCCGGACAGGAGCGCCCGCGGAAGCACCUCGUGACGCCAUCGCCUCAGCUACCGGUGCCACCCGCUGGCCAAGGGAGCGCCGCGCUUGCUCCUCGUACUCCCUCUCCCAUCUCCUCGUUCACCUCGUCGCUGGCUCGAGGUGCCGCGAAACUUCGCGGCAUUCCUCCAACUUUCGCGAAGGCGGCCCCGGCAGUCCAUGAAGCAACACGCCAGAAGCAGGAAUUCACAACGGCGAGAGGGUCCGCGCUGGACUCUCUGUUAGCGGCGCAACCUACACCCCGCGCACUCCUGUCAUCACCUCCCGCUCACAAUUCUGCUCCGCUGUCCUUCUCCACGACUCCGCCGCCGCCCCUGCUGGCUCCGCGGGCGAGCUACGACCCGUUGGCGUUCGCGCGCGGCAUGCAGGCGCUGCACGGCACGGCGCUGGGCCGCCUCAUGCACACGGCGCCCGACAUCGUCGUCGACGGAAUCCCGCGCCGCCUGCUCGCGCCGUCGCCAGAGAGCACCGCAGCGAAACUCGGGCUACUAGCGCCCUGCGUGGCGCAAGUGCUGCAGCAGUCCGCCCCCGCGCCUACCAGUGCGAGUCAAGCAGCACCCAGUUGGCCGUUUCAGCCCACUACGGGUGCAGCGGCGCAAGCCGGAAACUACGCCACCUGGUCGUCCGCUUGCCCGAGCCCUCCGUCGCAGCUCCCUGUCGCAUCGCCUACGACGAGCAGCUGUCCCGUAGCUUGGGCGCCACCCUCAUCGCUGGUCGCGGCGUCGCAGGCUCCCCCGGGCAACACCGGUGCUGCAGCAGCCGUCACACAAAUUCCCACGCUUCAUGCACCCCCGUUAGCCCAGGUGUUCCCGCCAGCGCACGGCUCCGCCGAGUGGCCCGGAAGCACGCCAGCGACGUGCCAGCCCACGACGCGCGUGUCGCUCAGCGCGUGCAGCGACGACGGCACAACGGGCAGCCCCCAGGUGUCGCACAUGCUUCCACCGCUCCUACCGUUGUCGUCGGGGUGCUUAUCGCAACCCGCCAAGGAGCCCUGGCCUCUUGAGCGCAACCAGUCCGUCACCAGCAAACCCGCUAUCCAGCUGAGCGCACGCGAUGCCUGUACCAGCGGCGCUGCCGCUGCUCCCGCCGGCGCCCAGUGCCUUCCGCCUUCCGCCUCUCCAGAACAAGUUGCGGCCGUCCCACCUUCCAAUGAGCCGACAGCGCGCGUGAAUCGCGGCAAUGGGCCCCCACAAUCGCCUCUCCACACUUUCCUCACCUUAGCGCCUCCGUCUAAACAAUCGCCCCUCACUCUCCCGACGAACCCGUCCUCCGCGGGCGCUGCAUCGACGUACGUGGCGACUGUGGGGGAGGCACAAUCGCUGGCUGAUGAUGACUCGCUUGCUGUAGAGUCCCUUCUGCUAAUCCGUGCUCUUCCAUGCGUGCCUGCUCCGUGUGUGCGGUUUCCUGAAGCACCUCUUCAUCUCAGACAGGCUGUCUCAUGUGCUGUCUCAUGUGCUGUCUCAUGUGCUGUCGCAUGUGCUGUCUCAUGUGCUGUCUCAUGUGCUGUCUCAUGUGCUGUCUCAUGUGCUGUCUCAUGUGCUGUCUCAUGUGCUGUCUCAUGUGCUGUCUCAUGUGCUGUCUCAUGUGCUGUCUCAUGUGCUGUCUCAUGUGCUGUCUCAUGUGCUGUCUCAUGUGCUGUCUCAUGUGCUGUCUCAUGUGCUGUCUCAUGUGCUGUCUCAUGUGCUGUCUCAUGUGCUGUCUCAUGUGCUGUCUCAUGUGCUGUCUCAUGUGCUGUCUCAUGUGCUGUCUCAUGUGCUGUCUCAUGUGCUGUCUCAUGUGCUGUCUCAUGUGCUGUCUCAUGUGCUGUCUCAUGUGCUGUCUCAUGUGCUGUCUCAUGUGCUGUCUCAUGUGCUGUCUCAUGUGCUGUCUCAUGUGCUGUCUCAUGUGCUGUCUCAUGUGCUGUCUCAUGUGCUGUCUCAUGUGCUGUCUCAUGUGCUGUCUCAUGUGCUGUCUCAUGUGCUGUCUCAUGUGCUGUCUCAUGUGCUGUCUCAUGUGCUGUCUCAUGUGCUGUCUCAUGUGCUGUCUCAUGUGCUGUCUCAUGUGCUGUCUCAUGUGCUGUCUCAUGUGCUGUCUCAUGUGCUGUCUCAUGUGCUGUCUCAUGUGCUGUCUCAUGUGCUGUCUCAUGUGCUGUCUCAUGUGCUGUCUCAUGUGCUGUCUCAUGUGCUGUCUCAUGUGCUGUCUCAUGUGCUGUCUCAUGUGCUGUCUCAUGUGCUGGCUCAUGUGCUGUCGCCGCACCAUUCUUCUUAUCUUUGGAGGUGCUGUGGGCAGUGAGGGAUGGCAUAACGAACGCGGUGGAGUGGCUGCCGCACUGGGCGGACGAGUUUGACCCGUGUGGGCCGCUGGGGUGGUCGCCCGAGAUCAUCUGCAACAUCUCUGAUUCCGGCGGCGCCACCGUCACCUCCAUCUCACUGCGUGCGGGUCUCGUGGGGUCGCUCUCGCCUGCAGUUCUGCGCCUCCCCAACCUCGAGUCGCUGGUGUUAGGGCAGGUCAGUUUCAACGCCACAGCACUGCUGCCAAUCAUCAACGGCCUCACACAGCUCAAACAACUCGCGCUCAUGUCAACGGCGCUCAACUACCGUGCCAGCCAGCUCGCCCUCGCCAACAUGACGCGCCUGCAGGACCUCACGCUGCAGCGCGUGGGCCUGUCAGGCCGCCUCAGUGACCUGCACCUGCCGCUCAUGCCCUCGCUGCUGCGCAUUGACCUGUCAAUGAACAGCCUCACGGGGCAGAUCCCACAGGAGCUCGCUUCUCACCCCUUCUCCCACAUAGACCUCUCCACCAACUCGCUCUCAGGCUCCAUCCCGCCGGCGCUCGUCGCCUCGCCUGCCCUCGUCAACCUCAUUCUGUUCGGCAAUGAGCUGGAGGGGGCCCUUCCAGACAACUUCACCACCGCCGCGUCGCUGCAGCACCUCGACCUACAGAGCAACAAGCUGACGGGGUCCAUCCCCCAGUCCAUAGAGACCACGCCCUCUCUCUACUACAUCGACCUCUCAAGUAACGGCCUGACGGGGGAGAUCCCGCAGAUCUACAAGGAGUGCUCCUUCGUUGAGCUCUCGCCCUUCCUCAACCUGUCGAGCAACGGGCUGACGGGGUACCUGCCGGGGAGCAUCGGCGAGUACUCGCUGCGCAACGUCAAACAUUUCGUACUGGACGUGAGUCACAACAAGCUGGAGGGAGACAUUCCCCAGCAGCUCAUGCUCUCGCAGUCCACUCUCCUUCUGGACGGCAACGCUGGUUUCUGCAACCACCCGGGGUACCCACCCUGCCCGGCCCGCGCCCCCGUCGCGGUUGACUCUACCACCUCAGGAGACUCGUCAAAUGACUCGCAGCAGCAGCAGCAGCAGCCUUCAUCCGGCCUUUCCCGUGCAGCAGUGGCGGGCAUAGCAACAGCGGCAGUGGCAGGUGUGGCGGCGCUGGUGCUGGCAGCGCUGGUGCUGGUGCACAUUCGGCGCGCAGAUGGAGAGCGGAGGAAGGAGGAGGAGCAGGGGCUGAAGGGCAAGGGCGACCCCAGCGAUGCUGUCAGCCUCUGGCUGCCUGACUCGGGGGUGGGCGGCAAGAAGGGCGCCAGCGGCAAGUGGACCUCUGCGGACUCUGGCGGCAAGUCCAAAGUGUUUUCGGAGAAGGCAAAGAAGGCGGCAGCAGCGCGGCUGGAGGGGUCGCUGCUGUUCUGCUUGGACGAGCUGAUCGCCGCCACCAACGGCUUCCACCCCACGGCGCUGCUGGGCCGGGGGGGCUUCGGCCACGUGUACCACGGCGUGCUGCCGGCACUAGACGAGGGCGAGGAGGGCGAGGCGGUGGCCAUCAAGGUGCUGCACUGGGAGGAGGGCGAUGCGGGCGCGGGCGGGCAGGGCGAGAGGGAGUACGAGACGGAGGUGGACCUGCUGAGCCUUGUGAGGCACCGGCAUCUCGUGCGGCUGGUGGGGUUCUGCAGCGAGGGCCAGCACCGCAUGCUCGUGUACGAGUACAUGCCCAGGGGGAGCCUUGCACAGCACCUUCAUGGCGGGCAGGAGGCGAGGCUGCCGUGGUCAGCGCGGGUGCGCAUCGCACUGGGCGUGGCGCGCGGGCUGGCGUACCUGCACGAAGGGUGUGUGCCGCGCAUAGUGCACCGCGACAUCAAGCCCAGCAACGUGCUGCUGGACGCCAACAUGGAGGCGCGCAUCGCUGACUUCGGCCUCGCCAAGAUGCUGCACGACCAUGAGCGCGACGUUGCCACCCGGGUGCAGGGCACGUGGGGGUACGUGGCACCGGAGUACCUGGCGGGGGCGGCGGUGAGUGAGAAGGUGGACGUGUAUGCCUUCGGUGUGCUGCUCCUCGAACUCGUCACCGGCCGUUCUCCCCUCGGCGACUCCAAGCUCGUCACCUGGGCGGAGGAGGUGGUGGCGAAGGGCGAGCUGGGCGCGCUGGUGGACCCGCUGCUGUUCGGGGACUACAACGAGGGCGAGCUGAGGGGCGUCGUGCACAUCAUCUUCCUCUGCCUGCACCACCACCCCGACGACCGCCCCGCCAUGUCCCACGUGGUGCAGCUGCUGGAGGGCGAGGCAGCAGCGCAGGCAGCAGGCGGGCAGAUCACCCUGCCGCACAUUGCAGUCUCCCUGCCGCAGUCCACCCUCCCCCACAUGAGCCCUCCUCAAAUCUGA